AUGGGUUACUCUGAUGUCGAUUGGAAGGCCAUCAACACCGUCCGGGUGUUAGCGGUCGAUGCCACCUUUAAAGCGAAUUCUGGUCACCCAGGUGCACCUAUGGGAUGUGCCCCUCUUGCACAUGUCGUAUGGAACAAGUUCAUGACAUUCAAUCCUCAAAACCCUGACUGGGUCAACCGAGAUCGAUUCGUCCUUUCGAACGGUCACGGCUGCAUGCUUCAUUAUGCCCUGCUACAUCUUUAUGGUUACAAGGUCUCUAUGGACGAUCUCAAAUCAUUCAGAACAGUUGACAGUAUCUGCCCUGGCCAUCCUGAGGCUCAUGACACUCCAGGUAUUGAGGUCACCACAGGACCUCUAGGCCAAGGCUUUGCCAACGCUGUUGGUCUUGCUAUUGCUCAGCAACAUACUGCCGGUGUGUUCAAUAAGCCAAAUUAUGAGUUGAUCAACAACCACACCUACGUCCUUUUCGGUGAUGGGUGUGCCAUGGAAGGUAUUGCCUCUGAGGCUGCGUCCACAGCUGGACAUUUGCAACUUGGCAACCUGAUUGCCCUCUAUGACGACAACCACAUCUCUAUCGAUGGCGACACAAAGUGUGCAUUUACCGAAGAUGUCAUGAAAAGAUUCGAGGCAUAUGGCUGGCACGUUCAGCAUGUAGAGGACGGUGACAAUGAUCUGGACGGCAUUGAAGCUGCAAUUCAAAAGGCUAAGGAUGUGAAGGACAAGCCAUCCAUGAUCAAGAUUACCACCACAAUCGGAUUCGGCUCCAAACUAGCAGGAACCGGUGGUGUUCACGGUAACCCUCUAAAGAAGGACGACUGCGCACAGGUCAAGGAGAAGUUCGGCUUCAAGGCCGACGAAUCUUUUGUCGUCCCUAACGAGGUCUAUGAGCUGUGCAACAAACAAUCAGCUGAAGGCGCAGCUGCUGAGCAGAAAUGGAAUGACCUGUUCAAGAAAUACUCUGAAGAGCACAAGGAACUUGGUGCGGACCUCAAGAGACGUCUUGACCCCAAGAAACCUCUCCCAGAAGGUUGGGAGAAGAAAUUGCCAAUCUACAAGCCAACAGACCCAGCUGUCGCCUCACGAAAGUUGUCAGAGUCAGUGCUCGAGGCCAUCCACGAGGUCGUCCCUGAACUCAUGUCUGGUUCCGCUGAUCUGACUGGUUCUAACAACACCCGAUGGAAGAACGCUGUUGACUUCCAGCCACCAAGUCUGGGUAUCGGUGACUGGGCUGGUCGAUAUAUCCGAUAUGGUGUUCGUGAACAUGCUAUGGCUGCUAUCAUGAAUGGUCUGUCUGCCUACGGAACCAUUAUCCCAGCCGGUGGCACAUUCUUGAACUUUGUCUCAUAUGCGGCUGGUGCAGUCCGUCUAUCCUCGCUCUCACACCAACGCGUAAUCUAUGUUGCAACUCACGAUUCCAUCGGUCUUGGUGAGGACGGCCCUACUCAUCAGCCGAUCGAAACACUCGUCCACUUCAGAGCACUACCAAACAUGAUGGUAUGGCGUCCCGCGGACGGAAACGAGACUUCGGCUGCUUACUAUAUGUCUCUCACGUCGCACGAGACUCCAUCUAUCCUGGCUCUGACCCGACAAAAUCUGCCACAGCUCGAGAACUCAACGAUACCCAACGCUAUCAAGGGUGGUUAUACACUCAUCGAAGACGAGAACGCAGAUAUCACCUUAGUAUCGACUGGCUCCGAGGUCUCGAUAUGUGUCGAAGCUGUCAAGGUCCUGAGCGAGCAGGGUAUCAAGGCACGUGUGGUCUCGAUGCCAUGUACAGAAGUGUUUGAUGCCCAACCGAAGGAUUACCAAUUGAAGGUCAUUCCAGGUGGCAAGCCGGCCAUGUCCGUCGAGGUUAUGUCUACUCUUGGUUGGGAGAAAUACUCACAUGAGCAGUUCGGUCUUAACAGAUUUGGUGCUUCUGGUGCCUACAAAGACGUCUACAAGAAGUUUGAGUUUACUCCUGAAGGUAUUGCUAAGCGCGCCAAGGCUACUGUCGAGUUCUACAAGGGUGUCAACCCUCGAUCACCAGUGGAUAGAGCUUUCCAGAAUAUCUUGUAG